UAAGCUACAGUCAAACUUCUAAAGAGAAUUCAAGUUAGUGUAGAAGACACAGCUUCCAGUGAGGCAUGUCAUCUGAAUUUGGCUCACCCACAUUCAUUUACACUUGCACCUGAGCAGGGUCCAUUUAAACAACUUCCACUUACAUUUUAAAUAAUGAGACUGGAUACAAAGCAGGCUUGUGUGGAACUCUGCCAGUUUACACUUGCAGAGUAUCCUUUCUAUAGUUUACUAAAGUCUUCUCCCCUCUUUGGGCAGCCUGACUUCCACUGAGCUUUGGGAGACCUGCACAUGAAAGCAGAAAGAUCUGGGAGGAAAAAAUUAAGAAACAGAUCAAACUGGGGCACAGUUUGCUCUCAAGUAGUUGGCCAGGGCAUGGAUUGCUGGAAGGAAGUACAAAGCAAAAGCUGGAUUUAUCCUACUCUGGUCCUUUGCAUAUAUGGCUUCUUCUCCAUGAUGAGGCCAUCAGAACCUUUUCUCACCCCUUAUCUAGUGGGACCAGAUAAAAACCUGACCAUUGAGGAGGCUACAAACAAGAUUUUCCCAGUUUGGACAUACUCUUAUCUGGUGCUGCUGUUUCCUGUUUUUUUGAUUACAGACUACGUGCGCUAUAAGCCCAUCAUCACUCUACAAGGCUUUAGCUUCAUUAUUACAUGGCUGAUGCUUUUAUUUGCCAAAGGAGUGCUCGCAAUGCAGAUAAUGGAGUUUUUUUAUGGAAUGGUAACAGCUACCGAAGUUGCCUAUUAUGCCUACAUUUACAGCAUCGUCAGUGCUGACCAUUAUCAGAAAGUGACUAGCUAUUGCAGAAGCAUCACACUGGUUGCCAGCACAGUUGCAGCGGCGUUGGGGCAACUUUUAGUAUCUCUGGCAAAUCUGUCCUAUUUUUAUCUCAAUGCCAUCAGUUUGGCUUCCUUAUCUGUGGCGUUCCUAUCCUCAUUUUUUCUACCAAUGCCAAAAAGCAGCAUGUUCUUUCACAAAAAGCAUAGCCCUGGAACUCCCCAAGGAGCCACGGAUCAAGACACAAUGCCAAAUGUAUCCAGCAUCAAGCAGCUAAGUUGCCAAGAGGACAAAGCUGCUAGGAAAUCUGUCAUCCCCUCAACUUCACCUGAAUGCCAGUCUGACAAGCACCAGCAUCACAUGCUUGUGCAGUUAUGCAAGGAUUUAAAGGAAUGCUAUUGCACAAAGAAUCUUCUUUUCUGGUCCCUCUGGUGGGCUUUAGCCACUGCUGGCUAUAACCAGGUUGUGAAUUAUGUCCAGGUAUUAUGGAACGACAAAGCACCAUCUCAGAGUUAUGUUUAUAACGGUGCUGUUGAGGCAGUAGCAACAUUUCUGAGUUCAGUAAGCUCCAUGGCAGUAGGAUAUGUGACUAUUAACUGGGAUCUUGCAGGAGAGCUAGCACUGGGAAUCUUCUCUGCGGUGGAUGCAGGUUCUUUGUUUCUCAUGCAUUUUACUGCCAACAUCUGGGCAUGCUAUGCUAGCUAUCUAGUUUUCAAGUCAUGUUAUAUGCUCCUCAUAACAAUAGCAACGUUUCAGAUUGCUGUCAAUCUAAGCAUGGAACGCUACGCUUUAAUGUUUGGACUCAAUAAUUUUGUUGCACUGGUGAUUCAGACUAUUUUAACCGUAGUCAUAGUUGAUUCAGGAGGUCUGGGAUUGAAGGUAGACAUCCAGUUCCUAAUUUAUGGAGGUUACUUUGCAAUCAUAGCUGGAAUUUUCUUCAUCAGAAGCAUUUACACAAUUGCCUCAAUCCAAUGCAAAAAAGAAACACAGAAUUUCUCCAGUGAACAUCAGAACAAUAAGGAACAAGCAUCAGAAACCAGAUUAUAACCAGCUAUGCUAACAUCUGUACCUCUAACUUGUCAAAAAUGCCCGCUUGCAAAACUCGUACUGACGUCAAUGCAAGAUUGCGGUAAGGGGAGCAGCAUUUAGUCCUUCAUGUAUGUCCAUGCUAAAAAUCACAACAAACUUUCUUUAACCGAAAGAAUUGCCUAACAGUUUAAUACCAGAUAUGUUGCCAGCUCUCUUGACCUUAUCACAGGUAUUGUGGUUUUUUUUUUUUUUUUUUUAAAUCAAACACCUCACCACACUAGCUUCUGGAAUCAAGAUACAGAAGGAGACACUCCUGGAGUCAUGUGAAUGUGUGAAAAAUCUCAGUUUUUAUUUUGAAAAAAGAGCCAUUUUCUGGUUACCUAGGAAAGCUUGACCACUUGAAAUGACUGUGCCCUACAGGCUCAGAAACGGGAAACCAAUGAAAAUGUAAUUU